UUGGCACUUGACAUAUAUAUCAAAACGUAUGAGAAAAACAGCAACAAAUCUAAUAAUAUAAUAGAUUAAGAAAUAUUUGUAAUUAGUCAUAUCUGUUGAAAAAUUGCGAAAUAUUUUAAUGCAAAUAGUAACUUUCAUUAAUAAUGAACUUUUUCAAAAAGGCACCAACAGUGAAAGAACAGCAACGAGAAAAUGAUCGUGAACUUCGUAAAGCAGGCAGAGAUUUGGAACGUGAUAAAAAUGCAUUGGAAAGAGAAGAAAAGAAGUUGGAGUUGGAAAUAAAAAAAAUGGCAAAAGAAGGAAAUAACGAAGGUUGUAAAAUACUUGCUAAGCAAUUAGUACAAAUGCGUAAGCAGAAAACUCGUAUGUAUGCAGCUAACAGUAAGAUAUCCAGUGUACAAAUUCACAAUAAAGCAAUGGGUGCAAAUAUAGCCAUUGCAGGUGCAAUGGGUACAACAGCCAAGACCAUGGGCAACAUUAACAAAAUAUUGAACCCUGCACAAAUAUCGAAAGACAUGGAGGCAUUCAAAGUGGCCAGUGCUAAAAUGGAUAUGACUGAUGAAAUGAUUUCAGAAACUUUAGAUGACAUCAUGACUGAGUCUGGGGAUGAAGAGGAAACUGAAGGUGUUGUCAACCAAGUCCUUGAUGAAAUUGGUAUUGAAAUAAGUGGAAAGAUGGCCAAUGCACCUUCAGUUUCUCGCAACAGAGUUGGUGAAUCCACAUCUGACAUUGACAAAGAACUUAUGGCGCAGCUAACAAAACUCAAGUCAUAGAUUUGUUGUAUUUAAAAAAUAUAUAUUUAAUAUUAUACAAAACAAACUGACUAUUACUAAAAUAAAUCUAACAAAAUGUUUCUUUUUUUAAAUGUUUAAUAUUUAAGACCAAAGGUGAGGUACUAAUUUGAGAGUUGUUUUAUUCAAAUAAAUCAGCAGUUCUUCUAUUUCCUUCCAGAACUAUUUUAUUUAAAACUAAAUAAAUAUUCAAUUAUAUAAGAACUAUAUUUUUGAGAUACAUCACGAAUCAUAUUUUACUGAACUGUGAUAUAUGUAUUGCAAAUAAAUUCAAUUGAAAUUAA